AUGGUUGCAGUUGAGAUCGUCAUUCCGAAGCCGAGACCGACGAAGACCAGGAUCAGGAUACCCAAGGCCUUCGCCUCGAGAUCAAACGGAUCUGAAAGUAUUGACAUGAGUCCGCAGCCCAAGACCAUCAAUCAUGUGCCCACGACCAACGUCUCGAAGUUUCUGUCCUUCUUCCCGUUCACCGUGCCAGCCAGGAUCCUCCAAGAAGCGGCUCGCGCAGUGCUUGCGGCGGUCUCAUUGUAA